AUGAAUUGUCGAGAAAUUGGCCAUCAUACAUCUGUGGCAAUUAUUGGUGAAGGUUCAUCUGGAGUAUCAUCAGCUUUAGCGCUAAUUGAACGUGAUCCAAGUCUUAAUAUAACCGUCUUUCAUAAUGUGCCAUUUGAGCAAACUGUUAGUUUUGGUCCUGCUGGCUUAUUUCGAAUUGAUACAUUUCAAAACAGAGCUUAUGGAAAACGUUCAUUUAAUCGUUAUGCUAAAUUAUUUCGAGAAUAUGGUGGUGAAAUCUCUGGUGUUAAUUUGUUAUCCGGAUAUAUUUUAUCAACAAAUUUGACAGAACUUGUUGAACAAGAUGAAAUUUAUGGUGAUAUUGUUUACAAUUUUCGUUAUCUUCGUGAGAAUGAAAUGCAACAAUUUGCUAAUCAAGGUGAAAUUGAUCGUGUUUUUGCGAUACAUUUUACAACAUAUACAACAGAAGGUGGUAAAUAUAUACCAUGGAUGAAGAAGCAGUUAUUAGCAAAAGGUGUACGAUUUAUACAACGUCACAUUAAUACAGUUAAAGAUCUAUUUGAUGAAUUCGAUAUUAUUGUGAAUUGUGCAGGUUUAAAUGGUGGUAAAGUAGCAGGUGAUGGUGAUGAUAAGAAUAUGUUUCCAAUACGAGGCAUUAUAUUUGAAGUUAAUGCAACAUGGCAUAAGCAUUUCCUGUACAAAAGAUUUGAUACAUUUUCUAUACCAACUACAGAUAAAGUGUUUAUCGGUUCUGUGAAGCAAAAUGGUAGAUAUGAUCUUGAAAUUACACCUGCUGAUCGGAAUGAUAUCCUUAAUCGAUACUAUCGAUUGCAGCCAGCAAUUAAAGGUGCAGCUAUUUUGAAUGAAUGGUCUGGUUUAAGACCGGGUCGUAAGGGAGGUAUUCGACUGGAAAUGACAACAAUUCGUUUCCCAGCUCCAAAAUUCAAGGAAACUUCUAAUGAGAAAAUUGUUAAAAUUGUACAUAAUUAUGGUCAUGGUGGACAUGGUUUGACAUUAGGUUGGGGUUGCGCUGAAACAGUUGCUGAUCUUAUCACAGGCAGUGGUAUCAGUAGUAAGAAUAUUAAUCAUGAAUAA